CUCUUCAAUACGCGGCAUCCUUCGACCGUGACGCCAUUGGCAGGUUCGCUGGCCGCGAGCAGCCGCUGUGGGCAGAGCGAGACUGUGGGUUUCCGUCCGUGGGCUGUGUGGGUAUAAAGAAGAACGUUACCACUGCGCUGUACUUUCGGAGCAACUUUUAAAUUUGGCUUUAAGUGCACAACUCUCUGCUAGAGAAUCAGUGACAGACGUUAAGAAACGGCGCAGAUUUAAUCAUUUACAUCUUCGUGUGAAUGGAGUACACGGCACGUUUUUUUAACACCGGCGACGUAACACCUUCACCUGCUGUUUUUUUUUAAUAGUUAAGCAUGUUUCAAUAACUCUGACUGCCUGUAGUAAUUAGUCGUGUGGCGCGGAGACAACAUGCUUUUGCCUGUAAUGUUAUUUUUUGUAACUUUCACCGUAUGCGAGUCGUUCCCAUCGCGGGACGUUUACACAAACCACUGGGCUGUGCGCGUGCCGGCGGGACGCAGGGCGGCGGACGAGCUUGCGGCGAAGUAUGGCUACAGAAACCUGGGCCAGAUCGGAACCUUAGAGGACCAUUAUCAUUUUCAUCAUAGCAGGGUCGUCAGAAGAUCGCCCUUCUCCACAAGGGGUAAUCACAGCUUUAUCCAUAUGGACCCAAAGGUUGACUGGGUUCAGCAGCAGAUGGUUAAGAGACGAGUGAAGAGGACUGCUGGAAGUGACCUUAAUGUGCUCACCUUUAAUGACCCCAAGUGGCCCAGCAUGUGGUACAUACACUGUGGUGAUAAGAGCCUUCGUUGUCGUUCUGAGAUGAAUAUUAUGGCAGCCUGGCAGAGGGGCUUCACAGGCAAGAAUGUGGUGGUCUCCAUCCUGGACGACGGCAUUGAGAAGAAUCACACUGACCUGGCUCAGAACUAUGAUCCCCUGGCGAGCUUCGACAUCAACGGGAAUGACCACGACCCAACUCCACGCUAUGACCCCACCAAUGAAAACAAGCAUGGAACUCGAUGUGCCGGAGAAGUAGCAGCUGUGGGCAAUAACUCCCACUGCACAGUUGGCAUCGCACACCAUGCUCGGAUUGGAGGCAUUCGAAUGCUGGACGGGGACGUCACAGAUCUGGUGGAGGCCAAGUCCCUGGGCGUGCGACCAGACUACAUCGACAUCUACAGCGCCAGCUGGGGGCCAGAUGACGACGGGAUGACAGUGGAUGGACCCGGUCCGCUUGCCAAACAGGCCUUUGAGCUAGCAGUUAAAAAGGGUCGGAAGGGGAGGGGCUCCAUUUUUGUGUGGGCUUCGGGCAAUGGGGGAAGACGGGGUGACCACUGCUCCUGUGAUGGUUACACCAACAGCAUUUAUACCAUCUCUGUCAGCAGCACCACGGAAAGUGGUACCAUGCCCUGGUAUUUGGAGGCAUGUGCCUCUACCCUGGCCUCUACCUACAGCAGUGGAGAGAGCUACCACAGGAAAAUUGUGACCACUGACCUUCGACAACGCUGUACGGAAGGACACACGGGUACCUCAGUCUCUGCCCCCAUUGCGGCAGGGGUCAUUGCUCUGGCUCUGGAGGCCAAUCCACUGCUCACCUGGAGAGAUGUCCAGCAUCUUUUGGUGGCAACCUCACGGCCAGCCCACCUCAAAGCCCACGACUGGAAGACCAAUGCUGUUGGACACAAAGUCAGCCAUCUGUAUGGCUUUGGACUGCUGGACGCAGAGGGCAUGGUCCUGGAGGCCCAGACAUGGAGAACUGUUCCCCCCCAGCAUACCUGCAUGGAAGCCUCAGAUCGUCAAACCAGGCACAUCUGGCCUGACCAGCGGUUGAGUGCCAGCGUUAACACUACAGGGUGCGCGGAGCAGCUAGAUCGACAGGUGGCAUACCUGGAGCAUGUGGUGGUGAGGGUCACCAUAGCACACCCACGCAGAGGAGACCUGCAGAUCAGCCUGGUGUCACCCUCGGGAACACGUUCACACCUGCUGGCCAAGCGGCAAUUCGAUAACUCCAAGGAGGGCUUCAGGGACUGGGAAUUCAUGACUGUUCACUGCUGGGGGGAGAAGGCUAAGGGCUUGUGGACCCUGGAGAUAACAGAGUCUCCCUCAAGGCCACGCAGCCCAAAACACCCAGGUAAGCUGAAGGAGUGGACUUUGAUCCUAUACGGGACCUCAGAGCACCCCUACAACAGCCCUUCCCCCUUGCAUCCGAGGGGGCCAGAGUCCCCUAGUUUAGAACAGCAGCUGGAGGAGCCAGAGGAGGACGAAUAUGAUGGGCCAUGCCACCCAGAGUGUGGGGAGCAGGGCUGUUAUGGCCCCUCCGCUGACCACUGCCUCAACUGUAUCCACUUCAAAUUAGGGAGGCUUCGGACAGGCAGGACAUGUGUGAGCCACUGCCCCCUGGGGUACUUUGAGGACAAGGCUGCACAACGCUGCAGGCGCUGCACACCUGGCUGUGAGAGGUGUGUGGGCCGGGCACCGAGUGAGUGUCACGCCUGUCGCAGAGACCUCUAUCUCCACGCUGACAACAACACCUGCGUCACCGGCUGUCCUCUGGGCUACUACGCAGACGACGUCCACAGGCAGUGCAAGAAGUGCCAUAACAACUGCAGGGCAUGUCGCCUCUACCCAGAAAGGUGCACUGACUGCAAUGACGGCUACAGUCUAUCAGGUAUAAUGUGUGUGCCAAAGUGUGCAAGUGGGAUGUUCUUUAACCUGGAAGAGAUGGAGUGUGUCCCCUGCCAUGAGUCUUGUUCGUCCUGCAAUGGACCAGAAAGAGAGGACUGUCUCCAGUGUGCUGCUAACUUCCUGGAGGAGGAGUGGAUGUGCGUGUCGACCUGCAGCCAGGGUUACUACCCAGACCAAACCACAGGCUCGCUGCCAGCAAUGUGCCAAAAGUGUGAGGAGCAGUGUCUAAAUUGUAGUGGCCCUGGGAUUACCUGCACCAGGUGCAGAGAAGGGUACAGUCUUGUUGGCGGAGCCUGCAUUAUCAACAACAGUUGUAACAAUGCAGAUGAGAUCUUCUGUGAGAUGGUAAAGUCCAACAGGCUAUGUGAGAAAAAGCUUUUUCGACAGUUCUGCUGUAAAACGUGCUUCGUCGCAGGCUGAGGAUGAAAACCCAUCACAUGUGAAUUUUGUUGCCUGUUGUAUAUUUUCAGCCUGUGGCUUAAUGCUUUAAUGUAUCGUGCCAAUACUCCAUGUGUCACGAUGUAGUGGAGUAUAUUCAUGGUUGUGUAAGGUGCUGGCACUGUGCCACGUCAUAGUUCAAAUUUGAUAAUAAAAUAUGUAUACUGUAUAAAUUUUAUAAAUCCCAAAUGCAUCGUUACUACCUUGGUAAUGAAAUAUGGUAGCUUAUGGCAUCUAAACUACACGAUAUUCUCUGUGAACUGUGAAACUUGCAAGGUUAGCAUUUUCAGGCUUGUUAAAUGAAAUACAGGUAUCCCUGUUAUACGGACCUAAUUUUUUCCCUGAAACAGUCUGUAUACCAAGAGUCUGUAAACUGGGAGAUCCUUUCCCAUUAUUUUAAAUAGGAGAAAAAAUUAUGCGUUCCUGGACUUUACACAUAUGCCUAAAUAUUUCCACAAACACUUAAGAACAAUCUCAAGAAAUAGCAAUCAAAACAUUAGGAUGAUCAAGAACAAAAUUGUCUGAACCGCUUGUUCCAUACGGGGUUGCGGGGAGCCGGAGCCUAACCCGGCAACA